AUGCAUGGAAUUGAAGAGGCUUGGAGUGCAGCCAUCCUUGCCGAUCCAGACUUCGUGCACGCGACCAGCGUCGACAUCGAUCCGACUGCCCACGCCAAACGUCUCUUUGGUAGGAUUAUCAUCCUCUGGGUAGGUGAUGGUCAGCUCGCCAUCAAGGAUGAGAUGAGUGGUGAGGCCGUUGUGGGUAUGUGGAGUGUAGUGUGCAUUUCUGAACGGCAUGUUAAUAUUGCGGCACUGGAUGCAUGA